AUGGGCACCCUCACCCUCCUCCUCUCCUCCCGCCUAGGCCGUGGCGUCCUCGCCCUGCCCCUCCUCUACCUCUCCUACUUUUGCAACAAGAGAUUCGACCGCGACACCCUCGUCGAGCUCGUCCCGCCCAUUUUGGAAAAGGGGUUCAUCCCCCACCCCUCCGGCCCAGUCCCAGUUCUGGAGGGUAUCUUCCCCUGGAAACCCGCCAACGACCUCUUCCGCCCCAUAAGUGUAAUCUUCGCGCCCAGCACCCUAUCCAUAGACCCCCUAGCCUGGCAUCAAAUGCUCUUCUUCCUCGUCGACCUCGGGCCAGUCUACCUCGUUUUACUGCUAGAGUCGUUCCGCGACGGCAACGCCUACACAGCAGCCUACCUAGCCACAGCAUGGAACUUCGCCUCCCAGAUCCUCGGCCUCGGUGUCCUUGCCCCGCUGUACUGCUGGCUGCACUUCACAUUCUCCCCCAGCACCAGCAUCCUCGCCCUCGAGCCCCGAAAAAGGCUCCUAAAAGAGGAAUACAUCCCCUUUUUGCUACCCCUUCUAGUGGCGCUGCAUUACGCCUGGGUAUACCACAUGUUCUUCCCCCACAGUCUCGACCAAAGACACUACUACACCUGGCUGUGGCAGCCCGCCCCUAUUUGGAUCGGCCUCGCAAAUACCAUUCUUUCCAAAACAAUCCCAACAGAAUGGGUAAAGGGGAGUAAGUUGGUUGGGAAGGGGGCGUUGAGUUUGGUUGUUGCGGGGAUCAGCAUGGUGGUUUGGUGGUACGUGAUACUCCACAGCGGAUUCUCCCUCUGGGAGGUUUUUGUGCCGGUGACCAUGGCGAAGAGGGAGUUUGUGAUGAGCAUGAGGGGGCUUUUGCAGUAUGAUUUGCUCUGUUCGUUUGGGGGCUUGUUGGUUUGGAGUUUGGGGUUGAUGGUUGAUGUGUGGGCUGCGGGGGCGGUUGAGUUGGGGGAGUUGAUUAGAGGUUUGGCGGUUGUUGCUUUGGCUGGUGUGAUGGGGGGCCCGGGAGUUGCGAUGCUGGAUGCGUGGUGGUGGAGGGAGAAGAGGUUGGGGAGGCUUGCUGGGGGAGAGCAGAAGGGAAUGUAG